CGAUAAUCAAAUAGGAAAUAACAAAUUAAACUGGACUAAAACAAAGUGUUUUAAGCCGUUGAACUAAACCUGUUGUGAAACAUGUCAGGAUCAGUGCAAUUGCGCCUUCAACGAAUACCGGACAUUUUACUGUCUCUAGCCGAGACACUCAGCGUUGAUUCGCAUAUAAAAGAUAACGCAAAACAAUUGGUAGAAAAACUAGCAGGAACAUGUCAGCAGUUCGAUACCAUGAUUUGUAAUGAAUUUAAAGACGUGUUUCUGCAAAUGAAAAUCCUGUUUACAACAAUGAAUGCGGAUGAUGUUAAUAUUCCUAAACUGAAGAUGGCUCUUUUGAAUGGUUCAUGCGCUAUUGUCUCAAUCAGGGAUAAACUGAUGGCCAUACAGGGUGAUGUUCAUCAAGACAUUGAGACCUGCAGAGAGACAGUUAAAAACAAGAAGGGCGAAGUAGCUGUAUUAGAUAUCGAAAUAACUUUAAUGGAGCAAGAAGUACGCCUACUACAAGGGGAAAUAUCGGAACUGAAAAACGAAGCACGCUCAUUGGCAGACUCAGCUAAAAGGAAAUACGACGAAGCAGUUGAAGCUAAACGUUCUGCUGAAAAGCACAAUUUAGUGGGUGGCCUUGGACUGGCGGAAGCUUUCACGGGCUUAUUGCGUGCAACAGUAAUAGGUGGUGGCAGUUUAGUUGCAACCGCAAUUGGCGUUGCAGUGGCCGGCGCAUCGCUAAAGGAAGCAUCCGAGUUAAUGAAACGGUAUAUCCGUGAUAAAGAAAAAUCCAAGGAGAAGGAUGAUGAGGCGACGAAACUUCAGUCUGCGGCAAAUACAAAGCAACAAACGAUCAAUGAAAAGCGUAACAAAAUUACGACAGCUAAUUCGGAUAUUAGUAAGUGA